AUGGUGGGUCACUCACCUUGCGUCGUCCCCACUCUCCUCCUGGAUCUGUCUCUCCUCGGGGUCUGUCGAGGUGAUCUCGUGAUCUCGGACUGUACUUGGCCAAGUUUUCCCGGAGGACGGCGUUCCUUCCUUAAUCAGAGGCUCGUGCCCCACGUUGGGUGCCAGUUGUCCCGACCUGCAGGACUUCAACGAGGGUACUAUAAUCCCAGCAUCCUGUUAAUAUGCUUCAUCUGGCCCACACUAGUGCCCUGGUACUGUUGGGGUGAAACUUUUCGACACAGCUUGUAUGUUGCUACUUUCCUGCAAUACACUGUAGUGCUCAAUGUAAUCUGGCUUGUGAACAGCGCUGCUCACCUCUAUGGAUAUCACCCUUAUGACAAGAACAUUGAGGCCCAUGAAAAUGUCCUGCUUUCGCUGGGAACUCUGGGUGAAGGCUUCCAUAACUACCACCACAUCUUCCCCUAUGAUUACUCUGCCAGUGAGUACCACUGGAGCUUCAACUUCACCACAUUCUUCGUUGACUGCAUGGCUGCCAUUGGGCUGGCUUAUGACCUGAAGAAAGUACCCAAGGCCUCCAUGUUGGCCAGGAUUAAGAGAACUGGAGAUGGAAGCUAUAAGAGUGGCUGA